AGUACUAUUUUCUCCAAAACUAAUAUCAAUGGCUGCAGCAAAAUUUAAUCUCACCGUUGUUGCUGGUCGGAUCCUGAAAUUGCUGAGUUCUGAAGAAGAGCAUAUUGUAGAGAAUGAAAUGUUGAUGGGGCUAAAGGAGAUCAUUGAAGAGCAUGCUCUUGUACUUCUUCAUGCAAAGAACAAGUGUUUGCAGAAGGACUACGACAUUCGAUUCUGUCAUUGGAUGAAUGAGCUUGAAGAUGCACUGUGUGAUGCAGAGAACUUGGUAGAUAUGAUUGAGUGGUCGAAUCAUCAGUUUAUUAGUAAUUGUUUCAUCUCAUCACAUACACAUAUUCCCAACAAGAUGUUUAAUGAGGAGAUCAAUAGAGUUAGAAGGAGACUAGAGAAACUUGCUGUUGAGGGAAGAGAUUUCAAUCUUGAAAAGCUUAGUGAGACACAAGUUGGUACCAUGAAACCAGACAAACAUGCUGCACUACUCAAAGAAGAAGACCUUUUUAGAGGCGACAAAGCAAGACUCAGAGAGAUUUUGUUGAACCCGAAUACAAAUCAUCAGCCUAUCAAUGUUGAAGUUCUUCCCAUAGUUGGCGAAGAAGAAAGUGAAAACACCAAGCUUGCGAAAGAGUUGUUCGAUGAUGAGAUGGUGAGAGUUCAUUUCAACUUAAGAAUUUGGUUAAGUUAUGGUGAAAACAUCCAUAAUGGUAUUACAAAUUUGAGAGCUAUACUUGAAAUAUUUGAAACUAACCACCGAGUCGUUAAGAAUCUUGAAUUUGGAGCUGUGUCAAGCCAAGUUGCAAAGGCUUUGAAAGGAAAGUUGUACCUUAUUGUAUUGGAUGGCCUUUGGACUGCAGACUGUCUCGAAUGGGAUAUGCUAAGAAAGAUUUUCGAUGUUGGUGGAAAAGGAAGCAAAAUAAUUGUAACCACCCAAUAUGUUGAGACUGUUGGUAGAGUUGCAGGCACCUUGCCACCGUAUAUGAUAGGCAUGCUUUCGGAAAAAAUGUCUUGGGAUUUAUUUAGAACAUUGGCUUUUAAAGAAGAAGAAAAAGAAGAAAGUUCUUACCAAAUACAAGUGGGAAAGAAGAUUGUAAAAUUGUGCCAAGGAAACCCUGUUGUUAUAAAGAUGUUAGGAAGCCUUUUAAGAACAAAAUCAAGUAGUUCAGAAGAAGAGUGGCUAUCAUUCUAUGAAAAUGAGUUAAAGACCAUAAACAGCUUUAUGUUUUUCGAUUAUGAACUUUCGAAACUGUGUUACAAGCAUCUCCCUUCACCUUUAAAACAUUGUUUCGCUUACUGUACCUUAUUCCCAUUCCGUUAUCACGAGUAUGAUGUAGAAACAGUUGUAAAGUUGUGGAUGUCACAAGGCUUUAUUGAUCAAUCUCAAUCUCAAUCUCUAGAGGAUGCUGGUUAUGAUUAUGUUAUGGAAUUACUCGCAAGAGGUUUCUUCCAAGCAUCUCAACUCGACGCAAUAAGAGAAAGGGUCAUCAAAUUUCACAUACAUCAUUCCAUGCAUGAUCUUGCAAGGGUUGUAUCAACGCAGAGUCCACGUUACCAUUUCUCGAUUGAUAAUGACUUCAUCAAUCUACCAACGGAUCGUCCAACUUACCAAUUAUGGGGUGAGCCCAAAUUUCUAGGAUUUCGUGAAUGUAAUGUACGAUCGAUUGUUGUGCCAUUUGAACAUGAUAUGACACGAGGUAAUCAACUUGUUCAUGCUGUAGUGUCUAGAUUUGAAUUUAUACGGACACUAGAUAUGCAUGGUUUGGGGAUAAGCAGAGUACCAUCUUCUAUUAAAGAGUUGAAGCUUUUGAAGUAUUUUGAUCUUUCUCAAAAUGAGAAUAUAACCCAACUGCCUCAUUCAAUCACCAAGCUUCUAAACUUGCAGACUUUGAAACUCUCAUCAUGUUAUGGGCUUAAGAGGUUGCCAAGAAGAGGGUUUGAGAAUCUGAUCAAUCUCAGGCAUCUUGAGAUUGAUGGCUGCUACAAUUUGACUAGUCUUCCUCGAGGCAUUCAUCAACUGCCCAAUCUUCAGAUAUUAUCUCAACUUGAAGUAAGUGAUCAGGGCACCUCUCCGAAUAUUGGAUUUAAUACAUUUACCAAAGAGGUUGAUAUCCAAAAUUUGGGGCAUGAAAAGUUUGAUAUGAGCAGGUAUUUGAAUGUGGUGUCAGGGGUUCAAUCAUUGUCUUUGGAAUGGGGAAGUAAUGCUCCUGAGACCGAUGAGCACAAAACGCCACUACAGAGUGAGUUGUUGUUAGCUCUUGAAGAAUUGACUCUGCUUGGUUUUAGGGGAAACAUCUUAUUCUCUGCUAACUGUCCAAACAAUUUGGUCAAACUUUCAUUGCGCAAAUGUGUUAACUGCAGAAGCCUACCAGCACUUGAAGAGUUGUGGAAUCUUAAGGUACUUGUAUUGGAUGAACUUAUCAAACUCGAAUAUAUUUCGAAGAAUAAGAAUGCUUCUUCAGUAGCCACACCCUUCUUUCCUUCCCUGAAAGAACUAUGGCUCACAGAACUGCCUAAGCUACAGAGUUGGUGGAGAAAUGAAGUCAUGAAUGUUAAUGUGUUGCCUUCAUUCCCUUGUCUUUCCAAAUUGGUUAUUGAAGAUUGUCCCAAACUGACUUCCAUUCCUCUAUUCCCAACUCUGGAGGAAGGUCUAGCUCUAGACUCAACUUGCUGGAAGCCAUUUCAACUCACCUUAAACAAGAAAACUGCACCCCAAGAAGCAUCAUCCUCGUCGUCCUCAUCAUCAUCUCCACCACUCUCCAACUUGAAGGCUCUCCGGAUUGUAGGCAUUGAAAACUUCUAUGGUAAUGAAAUUGAGUGGAGAACUUUAAAAAGCUUAGAAUUCUUGAGAUUUGAUUGUCUUCCAAACUUGGUGAGUCUUCCUGAGGGGCUUCAACAUGUAGUCAGCUUGAAAGAAUUCCAACUCUGGCGCUGUGGUACUGAGGAAAUCCCUGAAUGGAUAGGCAAACUCCAUAAUUUAAGCAAACUCAUGAUUUGCUUGUGUCCUAAUUUGAAAUCGCUACCUGAAUCGAUUCGGGAGCUUAAACUUCUAGAGACACUACAGAUUGAAGAGUGUGACAAGUUAUUAAGGAGAUGCGAAAAGGAUAUUGGUGCAGAUUGGGAAAAGAUUUGUUUGAUCAAAAAUCUGUGUUUGGGUAGGAUUUAUGACAAAUGAUCCAC